ACUAGGCAGAAGAAGCGAACGAGCCUUGUUCGAGAGCGAGAGCAUUGCGUUUUUGUUCCGAGUUAUAACCGCUGUUUCCGUGAAGCGAGAAAAAUCUGUGCACAAAAAUGGCUCUACACGUACCGAAAGCACCCGGAUUCGCGUCGAUGCUCAAGGAGGGAGCUCGGGCCUAUUCCGGUCUCGAGGAAGCGGUGUACCGCAACAUUAACGCCUGCAAAGAGUUCGCCAACUCGGUCCGCUCGGCCUACGGUCCCAAUGGCAUGAACAAGAUGAUCAUCAACCACAUCGAGAAGCAGUUCGUCACAUCCGAUGCCGGUACGAUUAUGCGCGAGCUGGAUGUGGAGCACCCGGCUGCAAAGCUGAUGAUCGAGGCGAGCCAGAUGCAGGAAGCGGAAGCCGGCGACGGUACGAACUUUGUGGUCGUUUUCUGUGGCGCACUGCUCGAGGAGGCGGAGGAGCUGCUGCGUUUGGGUGUGACCAGCAGCGACAUUACGGAGGGAUACGAGAGGGCGCUACAGAAGACGCUCGACAUACUGCCCACGCUCUCCUGCCACGAGAUCAAGGAUUAUCGUAGCCUGCUGCCGGUGCGGAAUGCAAUCCGUGCGACGGUAAUGUCCAAGCAGCUCGGCAACGAAGACUUCCUAGCUGAUCUGAUCGCAAAGGCAUGCAUCUCAAUUAUGCCCGAGAAUACGACGUUCAACGUGGACAAUAUCCGUGUGUGCAAGAUUCUGGGCAGCGGACUGCAGAUGUCGGAAGUCAUUCCCGGCAUGGUUUUCAAGCGCUACGUCGAGGGGGAGGUAACGUCGGCAACGAAGGCCAAGAUCGCCCUGUACUCCUGCCCGGUGGACAUCAUCCAGACGGAAACGAAGGGCACGGUGUUGAUCAAAUCGGCCGAAGAGCUGAAGACGUUCAGCCAGGGCGAGGAGAACCUGCUGGAGGCACAGAUUAAGGCGAUCGUGGAUACGGGCGCAAAGGUGAUCGUGGCCGGUGCCAAGUUCGGUGAUAUGGCACUGCACUACAUGAACAAGUACGGGCUGAUGGCGGUGCGCCUGAACUCCAAGUUCGAUCUGCGCCGUCUCAGCAAGGCCGUGAACGGUACGGUGUUGCCGCGCCUUACCCCUCCCAGCACGGAAGAGCUUGGCUACUGCGAUAACGUGUACGUGCACGAGCUGGGCGACACGUCGGUUACGAUCUUCAAAUCGGACGGCACGGAAAGCCGCAUCGCGACGGUCGUCAUUCGUGGCUCGACCGACAACUACAUGGACGACAUCGAGCGCGUCGUCGAUGAUGGUGUGAACACGUUCAAGGGAUUGACCCGCGACGCACGUUUCCUGCCCGGUGCCGGUGCGGUGGAAAUUGAGCUGGCCCAACAGUUGGCCGAGUUUGCCGAUACGCUGCCCGGGCUGGAGCAGUACGCCGUGCGCAAGUUCGCCAAAGCGCUGGAAUACUUCCCGAAAGCGUUGGCCGAAAACAGUGGCGUGAAUGCGACGGAGGUACUGCACCAGCUGUACCUGGCGCACAAGCAGGGCAAAAAGACGGAGGGCUUCGACAUCGAAUCGGAACAGCCGGCCACGAUCGACGUCACGACGAAAAACAUUUUCGACCUGUACACCACGAAGUACUGGGGCUUGAAGUAUGCGGUCGGCGCCGCCUGCACGAUCCUGAAGGUGGACGAAAUCAUCAUGGCCAAGCGGGCCGGCGGUCCGAAACCGCGAGCCGGUGGUCCGGGAAGUGACGAUGAGUCGUAAGCGGCCGCGGCCCGGACGGUUGGGCUGAUUACAUCUUUCAUUCGGAGCGUUCGUUGUUUCGUUCGGUCAGCAUUUUUGUCUCCAUCUACUCUAAUUUAAUCUUUUUCUUUUGCUAACACACCUCUCGCACCCGCUGCUGCGCUCAUUUUGGAUUGCAGGAUUCAUGCUUAAUACACUGUACUGCGCUAAAGCGACUAAAACGAGGAUUUAACCCACAGUGGUGCUGUUGGUAUUUGAUCGAUCAUUUCCUUUGAGCCGCUGUUACCGCUACUGAUUCACUCAUCGCCGCACGACGGUUUGAUGAACGGCGCUGUGUGCUGAAAAAAAAGGAACUCAAAUAAAGCACCUUAAACCUGCUCCUUCAGCUGGGAGAAUAACCGAA